AUGAUCCAAGACAAGAAACAAGAACACUGGUACGAUAAGCCCAUCCUUCCAGACAGUGACGAGCUCGUGACUUACAUGGAGGACCUUCGUCGGGACGAGGUGGCCACCACGUCGUCCCACAUGAUGCAGUUCCUACGAGCCAGCAACAUGCCUUGGAUUGAAGACUACUUCCUCCUUAUCACAAAAAGAGUGUCACGAACCAGGGUACGGGAGGUUCGCCUCCCCGAUGCCGUCGGUGCUUCGGCGGCGGCGGUGAGUGUACAGAGGGACGGGGUUCGCCCAACUAAAGCUCCGGCUAUCGAUCGGUCGCCAAUGGCGCUACUCCUGACGACGCUCGGUUUAAUGCUGCCUCCGCAUGAAGCCGUUCGCUCGUCUCGUCCCUUUGUCUACGCCACUCCCAGUGCCAGCGCUCCCGGUUCGGUUCGCUUGGCUCCAGUGGCCCUAGACCAGAUGCCCCGACGAUGA